CAAACAAAUGCACAAAGACAUAAUACCAUGCACCUCAGUGGUGGUAUUCAAUGCAGAUGACAAUCAUAAAUAUUCAUUAUGACCUAUAUUAGAUUAUAUGAUCAAUUGGAUAUGCAAAAUAUGUCCUUCAAUUUACGACAAUAACAAACAAAUUUUUGCCGAACAAAACCGAAAAAGACGCACAUUUCCACACUUCGUUCUAAUGAAUUUGCAUUGUGGCCGCUGAUUUGUUGUUUGCACCGAAUUUAGAAGACAUGCAACAGCUAUACGGAAAUUCCAUGUCUCGCCCAUCAAGGACGUUGUCAAUAAAAAUUAUGCUCAAUAUCCAGAGAACGACACAAUAAUUGUGCAUUUUGACAGUCCCAGACACAGACACACGCCGACACAAAAAAAUCAAAAAAGUCUCACAAAUUGGAAAUCAAAAUUAAAUUGAAAAUAAACUUAUUAGAAAUAACAACAAAAUGGUUUAUUUGUUUGUGACUUUUUGGUGUUGUGCUUUUGUUUACAAAUUUCGCAAUUCUCAUCGUCCUCCAUCGUCCGCUUGGUAUGCUGCCUAAUCAAAUAAAAGAUAAACGCCACGCCGAGGAGAAAAAAAGUUAUGAGACGAAGAAAAAAAAAAUACUUUUAUUUUCAUUCAAUUAUUUAUUUUUUUAUUCUUGUAUUGUCAUGCACACGUCUGGUCUCAAAUUUUGAUUUGAAAGUCUAAUUUAUUUGUGAAAGCAUCAACGUCAGAGGCUUAUGUGUACGCUUGCGGGAGUGUUCUGAAUUUGCUCUGACAUAUCAUGGUUCAUCUUCACUCAAGUAUCUCAUUCGACUGAUAUUCUGUAUAAAUGAUAUAAAAACUCGCAUCAGCAAUGCCCUGCAGACGAAAAACUCCGAGGAAAAUAUUGAAUACCCGCUGCAUGAAAUGGCUGCAUAUCCGACAUGUAAUUCGGAGAAGACCGAAGCUUCGUGGCUAAAUGAUAACAAUAUAACCAUACAAUUCUCCAGCACCCUGUUUGAGCAGAAAAUGCAAAAUCUUAACUUAGAUUCGGCCAUAUUGCGUCUUUUCAAAAUCAAUCCGAAUGACACGCGAGAUAAUCAGGAACUGGCCAGUGGGGUAUCGAAUAAUGGCGACAACGACGGUGAUGAUGAUGUUUCCGAUGAUACCACAAAACUAAAGCGAUGUGCUGAACCCACACUGGAUGCCCAGAUACGUGUCACCGUGUCGAUUGUCCAGCAAACGAGACGUAAUAAACGUGGUGUGUAUGAACGUAAGAAGCGCAUCUGCAACACCAUCAUGAUGAAUGUCUCAACCACGGGUUGGGUGGAAAUCGAUAUUCGCCGUGCCAUUUAUAUUUGGGAGAAUGUUGGCAAACAAAUGGAACAGAAUCAACAGAGCCGUCCUCCUGUCCUGGUGGGCUAUCUCAUGAUUGAAGUUCACGACGAAGAGGAGCAGCCAUUAAAGCCAGGUUUAUUCUUUAAACCGCCAAGUUGCAAUCAGGCAGAUCUUGCAAUCCCAUGGAACUACUACAGACCGUACUCGCCUUCGUCUCCAUUUGCAACGCUCGAGGUGCCAAGGUACCCAAGAUUAGAUGUGAAAUUAAUUGGCUAUGCCUCGUUUGCACCGAUUAAUCAACCAGAAGCCCAACCAGAUACUGUCUAUGCUAGUCUUAAAGAUAAACUAUUCAAUUUAACGCAUAAAACCAGUUCCAGUGAAGCCGAUAGCGAAUCAACCACACAAAUAUCCUCAGCCGCCAAUAAUCAUUUGCAGGAGGUCAGCAGCGAUCCGGAAGAUGAAGAAGAACAUUUACACCACAAGCGACAUUUGAAAGGACAACAGUUGAAAGAAACCAUUGAAGAUGUCGAGGAGCAGGAGGAAGAGAAUGGAGAGACCGAAACUGUUGAAGACGAUAAUGAACAAAUCGAAGAUAGCGAAGCAGAAGAAGUAAUGCCAGCCGAAACGGUUGAAUAUAAUUAUAGAAAUCAUCCCAGACAUCGUCGUCAUCAUCAUCGUGAGCAUCAUGAGAAGCUGGGACAGCAGCAUUAUCGUCGUAAUCAUGAAAAACAGGAACAUCGUCCGUUACGGGAUAAUAAUGAAAAGACUAUUUUUGAGGAUUCCGUUACACCCCAUAAUGAUUAUGACAAUGUCCAUCAUCCUCAUCGACGUCACCGUUUCAGUACCGAACAGUCAGCAGAUCCGGUUGAACUCACCAUUGAAGCGGAGCAACAUGAAACAAAACUCUUGCAACAUAUUGUCCAUAAGUUACAACAAGAACAAAAACAAUUAUUGUUAUUGCACCAACAACAAGAGCAGACGCCAACUUAUGCAAUUUAGAUGCCACUGAAAUGAGAUUAAGAGAUCUAAAUCAUUCCUCAACAGGGUCAUUUUGAAACCCCGUUUUCCGUAUUCCAGAAAUUGAAUAUUGAGCUUGCCAUGCACUCGCCUCUACAUUUCUUUUAAAGAUUGGUCCUCAGAGAAAAAGUGAUUCACUGGAUUUUGUGAUCCGAUACCAUUCGAGGUCAUUCCGAAACAUUAAAUAAUUAGACCUCCACAAAAUACCAUGAAAAUUUUAGGCCUCCAUUAGGAAAGCUGCAGCACUGGGGAAAUUUCUCCAAGCAGUCCCUAAUGGAAAGCAAAAUAUCAUGCAUUUAAAAAAAAUCAAAGAAAAAAUUAAUUUCAAAAUAUCAAAUGUCGUUUACCAUAAAAUUUUAUUAAUAAUUUUAAAUUGAGCAACAUUUUCGAAAUCAAAACAAUAUUUUAACAAUAUUCUACAUAUCAUUUAUUUGAAUAUUUCCCCCGUUAGUUUUAAGCCUAUAUCGUAGGUCUAUUUAUAUGAAAUAAGUAACGAAGGCUGGUUUACUUAAACGAAACAUUUCAGAUGCAUACGCAAAGGUAUUGGAAAUAAGGCUAUUUCAAUAAAUGUGGUGUAAUAUUAAAUAUUUAACAACAAUAUAUAAUAAAAUUAAACAACAUUAAAAAAAUACUGAAAUUAUGAGGAAACCUUGCUGCACUUCCUGUGAUUAUUUAUUGAAGAAACAAAGAAAAAAUUCAACAGCAAAA